AUGACAACUAUCGCAUUCAUCGUCUCCAUCAUGUUUGAAACUUUCUCGUCUUGGUGUAGUUGCUGUUUGGGUAAGAAUAUCUCGUUACUUUUUCCUUAUAUUGUCAGAAGAUAUCUUUUUUACUGCAGAUUAAUUUUUCAUGCAUUCAGUCUCGACAAACUGUAGCUAGUUGCGAGAAGUGUAUCUUUUUUUUUUUUUUUUUUCAUUUCAAAAUUGUGAUAUACCAGUAACUUGUUGUAGACUUUUUACUUGUAAUCUUGUAACCUAAGCUGAAACCCACUGUCUUCAGACCAUCCUCAUUCCAAUCCUUUCUUGAAGAGAGCCACAGUAAAAAAUUGUUUGCUUUCAACAGAUGACGAGUUUCGCAAUAUCGUGUUCAAAGCACCAAUCCCGGAUAAGAUCAUGAAGAAUCAUUUGAUCAAGACUGAGGAUGUACCUAACGAGGGGAGCUGUCGUGUGUUGUGUUAUAUGGACCCCAACUGCGUGUCCAUCAACCUCGGACCAUUUAUCCAAGGAAAACACUUAUGUCAGUUAAACAAUGCCACUGACAAAAGUCUCGCUUAUGAGCAAGGUUUUACUUACCUUGCCGUUGAGGUAACGAGCACAUUUGAUUUAUCUUUUUUGGCUGUUUUGUGGUACCUGAGUGCAGAU